AUACGAAGGAAUACACUAUGAGUCACCUUUAGAAAUCACGUACUUAUAAGUCAGCAAUAGCGCAUUUAAUGUUUUCAGUUGAACACUGAACAACUAAGACUAUGUUUAUUAAAAUUCAAAAAUGUUUAGUUUUUGUUUCUUGUUUGAUUCUUGCAGAAUGUGAUAUUUAUUUACAUAAUCUUCGAGGAAGUAACAAUAGGCUUGAUGAACCAAAUAGAGAACGACGAAAUGCUAAAAGAUUAUUCGAUUCUCAGAACAACAAUAGGGGAGGUUACAAUGUCGGAAAUGUAUAUUAUUAUUCAGGAUCAAAAUUACCUAUAGAAUGGACCAAUCAACAUUCUUGCCAUGAUGUUAAUGGGCAUUGUGAGAUAAUAAUGCAGUAUAUGUGUAAUGAGAAUUUAAGGGAUGGAGCAACCAUUAAAACAAUUCCUGAAAAUCAGAAGGAAUGUUCCAACGCGGAUUGUGAUACCGAUUAUGAAUAUGGGAUGCAUGAAUCAUACACUCAUUAUUUACAAUGUUUGACCAGAGCUCGAAAUGAACAUUUGUACACUGCGGAUCAAAUUCCGGUCAACAGAAGAAAUAAAAGAAAUAAAGUAAAAGAUUCUACUUAUACGAGACAAAAUAAAAAUGGACAACGAUACGGAUAUGAAUGCCCAGAGGAAAGGGAUUAUUAUCCUUACUGGGCACCUUCUCCCUGGAUUGAUGUAGCUAUUUUAACCAAUGACGCAUCAAGAUGUCCUUAUUAUCAAGAGGAAAGUGAAAAUGUUAAGGGAAGAUUUUAUUGCCAUAUUCCAGUUGAAGAAAUGAAGAAAAUAUCUAACAGCAACGCUAUUAAUCAUAAUAAAGAAGCUUGCGAAGCAUUUUGUUCAACUGCUACAAGUACUGCAAAGAAAGAGUGUGGUUGGAUACAAUCUAGACCACACGGAGUACCUGCACCCGAUUGUAGAGAGACUGAAUAUACCAGAGACAAUCAUCUUGGAAAUGGUAUAGGAGGCUACGCUAGUGGUUUCAACUGGACAUUACCAAAAACUGAAAAUAAGCAUUGUGCCUUUAGAAUUCGCUAUAAUAUCUCAACUGGAGAUUACGAUGGCUGGAAUACGAAUUUUAAGCAAAAUGAACCAGAUGGAAUUAGUACGAAAAAAUUUGGAUUUUCUUCUGACGAGGAAGCAAAAGAGAGAGGCUAUAAAUUGAAAAAUAACCCAACUGUGGAUUUAUUUCCGCCUUAUUUAUUUUCUAAAAAUAGUUUUAAACUUGAAUUAGCUAUCAAUACUGCUCAAUUUGGUAGAACUUUCCAAGACAGAUCACAUAGUUUCGAAAUUCGAAAGCGAAAGGAUGAAUUCGGAGAUAAAGUUAUACAUAACCUCAACGUCCGUGGAAAAAGAGGUAACAUUGUUCAAGUUUACCCAGCUGUUGAGUACGAUUUCGUUCCUAAUACUAUGGAAAUAGCUAAGGAUGAUUAUAUUCAUUUUCAAUGGACGGGAUCGAAUACUAAUCCCAACAAUAAUGAUGGGCAAGGUAAAAUUGGAACUGAUAGAUCGAACGUCAUUUUACAGAGAGAGGCGAUUUAUACAGAAACUAAUGUAUUGGACUGGUAUGAUAGAUUACCUAAAGUUGGACAUUGGGGGAGGAGUUUGCCCCAACAUUUCAGCAACAUCUCCUUCCUUGGCUUAUCUGAAGAAGAUAAACUGAAGUUGGCAUUUUUGGAAGAAACAGGAGAAUUAUCCGAAUUAGACGCAGCAAAACCUUAUUUCGAUUUAGGGCCAAGAAAAGUAACAUCAUCUGGUGUCUAUCAUUAUAUGUCGACAAGAAACAACAACUUCUCGAAUAGAAGCCAAAAAGGUCGGAUUAUCUCUGUGUCUGGCAUAACUUUUGAAUUUCAUGCUAUUGGUUGGAAUGGCGGAAAUAUUUCAAGUCCACAUGGUACUUGCGACAUUCAAAUUGAACGUGGGACGUUUGAUCAACUUCAUAGGAUUAAACUAUCAGAAAUAAAUAAAGAUGAAGUGGAACAGAAAUUGCACGAAAGAAAUGGUAAUAUCCCCAACGGAAAGAUAUCUAGCCAUCUAAUAUUGAUAGAACCUGACAAUGUUUUGGCAGCAGAAUCAAAAAAAUUUCAAAUGAAAAUUAGAUUCGAGCGACCUAGGGCUCAUUCAGUUACCGUGUAUCAUGCAUGGGUCAAAUCCGAUUUCGCAACGUGGAGUAAAAUAGAUGCAGAAGUUAAUGAUGAUAUGGUGCAACUAUCAGUUUCAAAUGGGGGAGCGUAUGUUGUAACGACUCAUAGCAACGUUGGUAUGAUUGUUGGAAUCGUUUUUGGUACUCUCGCAGUAAUUUUAAUUGUUGUCGUAUUGGGUGUUUUCUAUUUAAGAAAAAAUCCAAAGACCUACAAUAACAUCAAACGAAAAUUUCAAAGUAAAUUAUAA